AUGAUUGAUCCGGCUGCUUUCGGUUCUCACAACCCUGACGCAUACGAGCUUCUCAAGCCUUGGGUUACGGACGAAGUUGUUGUAACCGACCCGGAUUCUUUGAAAGACGAAGACUUGCUGUUAUGCAACCAUCGAAUUCUCGGGUACUCUUUUGUGCAAAAGACAUGGGCAGCGUUCUCCGUAUCCAACACGAGUGACGUUAUUUGGAAUGAGGACGCUUUUGAUAAGCUUAUCAUUGCGGAAAAGAAAAGGAGAAUGAUACGACUUUUGGUCCAGUCUCAUAAACCAAAUUCGGACGGCUCUUUCGAUGACAUCAUCAAAGGAAAGGGAAGAGGCUUGGUUGGUCUUUUGAGUGGUAGUCCUGGAGUCGGAAAAUCGCUCACAGCAGAGGCCGUCGCAGAAGUAUCUCACCGGCCGCUGUACAGUGUCUCAGCUGGAGAGCUGGGGACCGACGUACAAAAGGUUGAUGAUCGACUUGGAAUGAUACUGGAGAUUGUACGGAGGUGGGAAUGCGUUCUUUUAAUUGACGAGGCGGACGUGUUCCUGUACAAGAGAGGAGAAUCUCAAGUGGAGAGGAAUGCUCUUGUCAGUAUUUUCCUUCGAAGACUUGAGUACUUCAGCGGCAUAAUUAUCUUGACAACCAAUCGACAAAAGGAUAUUGACGAAGCAUUCAAAAGUCGCAUCCACUUUAAAUUCCACUACCCUCCGCUUCAUGCUGAGGCUCGCCUGAAGAUCUGGGAAAACAUGCUGGCUUCUGUUACCGAUAAGAUGCCAGACUGGAAGCUUAAUGACGAAGACAUGAGGAGCUUGGCAUCAAAGCCUUUGAACGGGCGAGAGAUCAAGAAUGCGGUCUCGUGUGUGGCUUCUAUCAUACGCGCAAACCAAGAGCCUCUAUCGAUGUCACUGAUCAAGGAUAUCCUUGAGAUUCUUGUCGAAGACGAAGAACCUGAAGAUCAAUGA